AUGGAAAGGGCCAACCAAAUCAUCAAGCAGUAUCUGCGAUGCUUCCUCAAUAAUCACCAGGACGAUUGGUCUUCACUUCUCCCUUACGAGGAGUUUGCAUACAACAACAUAGACUAUGCGUUUAUGGGUCAAAGUCCCGUUUUUGCCAACUAUGGAAGUAGUCAUGAUGAUGCAACACCAUGUACAAAUGAUGUCAAACAAUUUGCAUCCCUGUUUCUGCCACCUCUUUACUCCUUGGUUCUGAUAUUUGGCCUGGUGAGCAAUGUGCUAGUUGUGCUGAUCCUGAUAAAAUACAAGAAGUUGAGAAGCAUGACUGACAUCUAUCUGCUGAAUCUGGCAAAUUCCGAUUUACUCUUUAUUCUUUCCCUGCCAUUUUGGGCUUACUAUGCCCACGAGUGGGAUUUUGGAAAUGCAAUGUGUAAAAUUCUUUCAGGGGUGUAUUAUGCUGGCUUCUACAGUGGAGACUUUUACAAAAUACUUUUGACAAUAGACAGAUAUCUGGCAAUUGUCCAUACAAUGUUUACUAUAAAAGCUAGGACAGUUACCUAUGACAUCCUCACAAGUGUAGUCAUUUGGGGUGUUGCAAUAUUAGCCUCUCUUCCAGGUUUAAUAUUUUACACUGUUCAAAAGGAAGGUGUUUAUUGGACCUGCAGCUCUCAUAAUCCGUCAGGCCAUGAAAGAAAAUGGAAGCAAUUCCUGAUUUUAAAGAUGAACAUCCUGGGACUUGUCAUUCCACUGGUCAUUAUGAUCUUCUGCUAUGCCAAGAUUAUAAAGACAUUCCUGAGAUGUAGGAAGGCGAAAAAACAUAAGGCAGUCGGGCUUAUUUUUAUCAUAAUGAAGUGUUAUAGUGAAAUGUCUAUUUCAGUUAAACUGCGUUCUCUAUUUCCAUUUUUAUUGUGCUGUGAAUCCUUGUGCUAUGAUUAUUAUGCUUCUUUAGCUUUGCGUGUUCCUAAAAGUUGUUUAUAA